CGGCGAGGCAGGUCGGUCCGCUGGUCGAGGUCUUGUUGAUCGGUGGAGCGGCUCCAUGCGGAACGAUCAACCUCCAACUCAGCCUGAGGGACGGGAUCGUGGCAGGGCACUUUGCAAGAACCAGUCGCUGGGCAGCCUGGUUGAUGGAGAAUAGCCGAAUGAUUUGGUUGAAGACGCUUUGGGUGAUGUUGCCGGUGAUAUGGAAUGGAAGGACGGCAGUGGAAAGACACAUGCCAGUGCCAGCAUGCUGGAGAAUGCCGAGAUGCGAGUCAAAGCUCCAGGUGAUAUCGGCGCAGGAUACGCUCUGGGUUGGAGGAAAGACAAGCCCGAUGGUUGAGGCAUUGGAAGUAGUGCCGAGGAAGCCCUGGGUCCAUGAAUUUUGGAUGGUGACGAGCGAGGAGGCGACUGAAGGUGACGGAGUCACCGCGACGGAAGUGAUCGUGGGUGAGAUCCAAAAUGCCGACAUGUCAGUUGAGUGAUCGGGAAGGAAGAAACCGGACUGACUGAUGGAGAGAGCGAAGGACGAUGGGAUGCGGG